AACAAAGGUAAGGAGAUGUCAUUUCCUCUAUUUGUCGAUUGUCUCCUUCAAAAGAGCCGCAGUUCCAUCGCAGAUUGUUGCAUACAAUCGAUUACACAGCGCUAUCAACUAGACCUCAAUCUACGAAGAACAUGCGAUCGCCUAAAUCAGAGCUUCGUGUUCGCUUUGCGAGCUUGACUGAUCCCGACCGAAGGCAGGGCCGAGUAUUUGACAAGGAGGAAAUUGCCUCGUCUCGUAUCCCUGCAACGCAAGGCAACGCUGACGAGAAGCCGUCCGAGCAGAGCAUACCCACCUGGGACCCCGAGACUACAGUCGAGGCAACUCGUCUAUUCCGACACAUCGUCUGGAUCGAAGAGGCACAUCCGGGCCGCAGGAUUACCGUAGACGUACACGAAUGCGAGGCCAUCAGCCCCCGAACGACCGUGGUCAAAGUGCCUGCAUGGUCGCUGGAGGCAGACGACAAAUGGUUCAGGCAAAAGGUACAGCCGCGGCGACAUACCGGCCGGAGAAAGCCGGGGAUGACCACGCGAAAGCCUGUGACAGAGAACGAGCGGCAUGGUGAUGCAUGUGUCGUCCAGCUUUAUAAUCCAUCAAAAAGUGAAGUGAGACACUUCCAGAGGUGGCAUGAUAGAAGCGAUGACAAGCGCGGAAGUGGCUCACUUGCUUUUGAACGUCCCCUGCCACGCACGUUCUCGCUCAUCAUGCGCGUUUCUAAAUGCCGCGCGGAAACGAAAGGCCCGGAUGAGGUUUUCCGCAUCGCAAGUGAUCGACAUCGCACAAACCUUGGAAGCUGGUACCUGGAGAUCGCCGUCUGGGGAAGUCGAGGAAACGCUGAAACGACGAAGGACUGACGAAGAACUGACUCAUGUUUCUCGAGACAACAAAUCCAACAAUGUCUUAUUAAUCAUCCCU